AUGAAUAACCAAGAACUUAAAACGGACGUAAAGGAAUAUACAAGGCGACUACGACUAAGGGAAUACUUUUACGAAGAUAACGACGAAUCAACAGAAGAUAGUGAAAAUGAGGAACCAGAGGACCUGGUUAGAAAUAAAUCCCACUUUAUUCCAAAACGAGGAAGAAAUCGAACUCUAGAUACGGUAUGUGAAACCCUAGAUAAUAUAAACCUACCUAAUAUUAAGAAGAAUAUUAGAUCUAAUCUCACAAAAGAAGAGCAAAAAGCUUUAAAUGACUUACAUAAUGACGAAAAUAUCGUUAUCAAAGAAGCCGACAAAGGAGGCGGAGUAGUCUUCAUGAAUAAAACAUAUUACGAACGUAAGAUUUUGAAUAUGCUACAGGACCCUAACUACUAUGGGAGUAUUAAUGCAAAUCACGAGACAAAAACUUUAGCAAAGAUAAAACAACUUGUCAGUGGGCCAUCCUCGGGAGAUAUAACUGAUAAGGAGAAAGACUAUCUCACAAACUUUGAAACAAAAGAGAGUCAAUUUUACGGAUUACCAAAAGUACACAAGUCAUCAGAAAUCAAAAACGCCAUACAGGCUCAGAGAGGAGAAUAUAUUUGCUGUCUAAAUCCCGAAGAUCUCUCUUUUCGGCCAAUCGUAGGGGGGCCUAAUUGUUCAACUCAAAGACUGAGUCACUUGUUAGACAUUUUAUUAAAGCCUUAUUGUAAAAAGGUUCCUAGUUUUAUAAGAGAUGAUAUAGAUUUUAUCAACCACCUACCAGAACAUAUUCAACCUAAUACGAAACUCGUGUCAUUCGACGUCGUGAAUUUAUACACAAAUAUACCCGUGGACUUGGGUAUAAAAGCGGUUAAAUACUGGAUUGAUAGAUACCCAAACUUACUACAGGAUCGUUUUGAGCAAGAAUUCAUCUUAGAAGGAUUAAGAAUUAUACUUCAAAACAAUACAUUUGCCUUCGGAAUAGAGCAUUUUAUUCAAACAAAAGGAACAGCGAUGGGAACAAAAGUGGCUCCCACGUAUGCCACCUUAACUUUGGGAUACCUCGAGCAAAAACUCCAUCAACGACUUGUCACUCUAUGGGGAGAGGAGGACGCUGAAGCUAUAACAUCAAAGUGGAAACGAUUUUUAGAUGACUGCUUCAUUCUGUGGAAUGACAACAUUGAGAGAUUAUCAAUUUUCCACCAAUUAUUAAACGACUUAGAUUCCAACAUUAAAUUUACCAUGGAAAGCAGCGAUAUGGAAUUACCUUUCCUUGACGUUCUUGUCAUUAAAGAAGAUACCAAACUUUCAACGGAUAUUUUCUACAAAUCAACUGACACCCACCAGUAUUUACAUUUUGGAUCCUGUCACCCUCAUCACACAAAAACAGCAAUUCCAUACAAUCUGGCUAGACGUUUAUGUGCUAUCGUUAGUGACGAAAACACCAGAGAUAUCCGACUGAAAGAACUCAAGUUAUACCUUUUAAAACAGGGAUAUCCUCAAAACCUGAUAGAUAACGGGAUAUUGAAAGCCAAAGGAUAUGAACGGUCAGAAUUACUGUCUACAAAUACCCAGGAAAAUAAAACGGAUAUAAUUCCGUUUGUGCAUACCCACAAUCCAAGGAAUCAUAAUUUGACCUCCGUAGUACACCAACUUAACAACGUUCUGAAAACGCAACACAACAAAUAUAUAGAGAUGUAA